CUGAGCAGAAGGGAAGCCAGAGAUCUCCUCCCCAGUCCUGCUGCUCUGCAGGGCUCACAUCCCCUCAGAGCCCCAGGCUCCCGAUCCACAGGAGGCAUCCACCAAACAGGCACAAAUCCACUUGGCUGGGCUGCAAAACUUCAUCCACGCACAGCAGAAUGUUUAAAAAAGUCACCAGAUACAUCGUAAAUCAAGGGGAUACAAGCAAACAAUCGGUCCCUGUCGAGAGCAUCGCAGACCACGAGCACUUCAGGCCCUUCUGUCUUCUGAUACAAAAAAGAAAACAAAACAGUAUAUUCCACUCACGUCCCUACUACGAGUGCACAGGGUUCAGACUGGACAGUGUGCUGCUGCCUGGAGAAGAUGGGAAAAGCACAGAGUCCCUCCUUCCCUCGGGAGAUGGUCCAGAUUCCAGCCAAUUUGCUCUCACCAAGGUCACUGCUGACCAAGUCGAUGGGUCUCUCAGCCUUAGUGUUGACCCUGCAAGUGUGGAGCUGAAAGGAGGUGGCUCCUUGUCCCAGGAGUUUUCCAUCAAGGUGCAGAAGAAGGCCAUACCAAUGGACUUACUGGAGGCACUGAGAAAAAAUAGAAAAAUCAACAUGGAUCACUCCUUCAUCCAACAGCUCCAGAGCACAAAGCUCGAUUUAUACAUGGUUUCUGAAACCCUGGAAGCCUCGGAGGAGACCGUCUACAAGGAAUCCAGCAAGGCACAGGGAGGCUUCCUAGCCAUGAUUUACGCCAAGUUCUCUGCAAAGGCCUCCACAGAGAACAUACAAAGCAUAGUCAUACCCAAGGGCUGCACCCUGGCCUUCAGGGCCAUCCAGAUGAACAUUAGCAAAGGAGAAUGGGGACUGUGUUUUUUCAAAAGAAGUCUUCGUACAUAUAUAUAUUACUUCGAUGAUGGUAAGCAAAGUAUUUUUCUGCUUCCACUUGCACAACUUUUACCUGGUUUUGGUAAGGCAGAAUCUCCCAGGAUAAAACAAACCACCAAGACUGUUGUUUCAGUAGUGACAUCUUUGGACUCUUUCUGGUUUUCAGGGGUCGGGCUUUCUGGUUUACCAACAUCAAAAUUAGUCACAGUGGACACAGAAGUUAAACAAUACUGUGGGAUUUUCUCCGAGUUGCCUUCUGACCUGCGGGUCAUGUUCUUAAACACCAUCACAGUUGUGAUGAGGGACAGGAACCUCUUUCAAGAGCUCAGCCAGAAGAUGGAAGGAGUUCUUGAGAAAACUGAUGAUUAUGAGCUGAAAACUGAAAGCCCAGACUUAAAAGACCUGUUGAGCACCUUGGAGAAUUCUCCAAGAGAUCGUCGUCUUCAGCUGGCAAAGGGAAUAACCUACACCCUCGAUGCUUUGGCUGAGCUACUGGACAAUCAGCUGGCGCUGCUGCUGGAAUCCUUGGAAAGGAAGAUUGUGUCCCAACAGCUGCAGCUGGUUGGAAAACUCCUGGAGCACAAUCUGAAGACGGUGGCUACGCCUUUCCAUGUGGAUGCCAGCCUGCUCUCCUUCCCACAGCAGGAGGAUCAGACCUUAACCAUGGCCCUGGUGGAGAUGAGCAGAGUGAAGCUCCAGGAAGAUGGAUCAGCUGAGCCCAUGGAACAGCCCGAUGAGGUCGUGGCCGCCCUGUACGUGGCCCUGUACGCCCUCAGCCUCCUCAGUGGGGACCUGCCCCUGCCCAGGGAAUCCCUCCCCGAGAUGCUGGAAAACCUCUGCCCACCAGCCACUUCUCUCCCCCAGUUUCAUCCUUCUUAAUGCUCAAGGCUGCUUUGGCUGCAAUAAGCAAACUUAAGGCAGGAAAACUCAUUACGGAUGCAAAAGGCUGAAUAUCAAAGUGGAUUUCUCUGGCUGUCCCCCACUGAAAGCAGAGGGACAACCAGAAAAUCCACGAGCCCAAAUAAUCACAGGCCUGGCAGCUGUGCCUCAUGUGCUUCCCUAAAAACACUGCUGCUUCUGCAAUCAAUUAAUGGGAAAGGGAAGGGCAAAGGAAUGCAGAGGGAAAGGGGAAAAAAAUGCAAUGGAAACAAAAGCCAAAGGAAAAGACCUGCAGUGACCCACUUACCCUGGUCCCCCCUGGGGGUCCUGGAGGGCUCCAGGAGCUGCUGGUGGCACAAAGGUGGGGGGAUCCCAGGGCUUUCACCCACCCUUCCCUGCUCCCAGCACUGCCAUCUCCCACAGGCUGCUCCAGGGACAUGGGGCAGUGCUUCAGAUACAAUUUAAAUACUCUCAUUAUCGCUUUAUAAAUAAAGAGGAGCUUCUUGCUGAGCAA